AUGGGUAGCGCACCUCUGAGCAAGCUGAAGCUGCACCACAUGUACCAGGGCAGCCAGGUGGAGAUCGUCCACUCCAACGUGGUCUUUGACAUCUGCAGCCUGAUGCUCUACGGGACCCAGGCAAUCCCGGUCAGACUAAAGAUUCCUGCUGGACAGGCUGUGUCCAGUGUCCAAACAGAAGAGGUCAUCAUCCUCAACGCAUUGGACUGGACCCCAGACUACAUCCGAGGAUACGUCCUACAGACUGAUGGAGGGGAGAUUUACAUAGCAGGGAAGGUGUGGGACCGCUGGGCCAUCAUGACGUUCGAGGAGGAGAUUGCUACGCUGCAGCAGUUCCUCCGCUUCGGUGAGACCAAGUCCAUUGUGGAGCUGAUGCGCUGCAGGACAAGGAGGGCCAGGCCCGCCUCUCCUGGGGUCGCCACUGGGGCGCUGCCAGCAAGCAGCAAGGGGCAGAUGGCACCAGGGGCAGAGACGGGGGGACGAGAACCCCAACGUCCUCCCCCUCCCGGGCCGCCUCCCACUGAGAGCAGCCUGGUGGGCUCUAGCUCCGCCUCAUUCACUCUGACCUGGACAGGGCAAGCUCCAACGCUCCAUGGACCGGAAGAAGCGAGGUGGGGAGGAAGUCUCAAGAAGGGGCGUGUGUACUGCAGUGCGUGCGACAAGACCUUCUACGACAAGGGCACGGUAAAAAUCCACUACAACGCUGUGCACCUGAAGAUCAAGCACAAGUGCACCAUCGAUGGCUGCAACAUGGUGUUCAGCUCGCUGCGCAGCCGCAACCGCCACAGCGCCAACCCCAAACCCGCCGGCGCUGCACAUGCCAUGAACCGCAACAACCGCCGACAAGACCUGCGAGGGCGGAGCCUUUCGGGCGACGAAGACCUCCGAGAAGACUCCGAGGCAAGCGACAAACCGCGGUCUGAGUACCCCCACUCAUCCAUCCCGGUGUCCCUGACCUCAUCCCCCGACAGCCAGAAGUCGGUUGCCAGCUACAUGGUGAGUCAUGUGGACUCCACCACCAGCAGCACCAAGCUGCACCACAGCAGCUCCUUCCCCAGCAUGGGGCACCUGGGCCACGGCAUCCUCUUCCCCAACCUGAAGACAGUGCAGCCUGUGCUMCCUUUCUACCGGAGCCUGGUGACCCCUGCCGAGCUGGCCAACAGUCCCGGCCAACACCUCCCCUCCCUCCCCGUCCUCUCCUCCUCUCUUCCCCUCAAACCUACCUCCAUCACCGCCCCAGACGCCUGCGGUGCCAUCAUGGACCCUGUGCCCAAGAAGAAGUCGCGGAAGUCGAGCAUGCCCAUCAAGAUCGAGAAGGAAGCGGUAGAGAGGGAGGGAAGAAUGGGGGAGGACAGCGGUUCAGAGGACAUGAGCCCUAAACAGGGCAGGGACAAGGAGGAGUGUGAGAGAGGGGGGGAUUUGUGUACGAGACAGAUGGGUGUAGAGUGGGAGAGGGAAAGAGAGGAGAGAGGAGUCAUUCUAGCUGGGGAGAGAGGAGAGAGGGAGGGGGUGAAGCGGUCAAGGUCCCACAGCCCGGAGAGAGAUGUGUGUGGAGGCAGGGAACAAGAGGAGGACAAAGACGAAAAACAAGAGGAGGACAGAGACCACACAGAGACAGAGGGAGAGGAGGGCGAUCAACCAACCUCCCGGCACCAAGACAAGCCGUGCGACGACAUGGACCACCGACUGACCAACGGCGGUUUGUUCAGACUAGGCGACAUAGGGAAGGAUGGACCAGAGGGCUGUAUGGAAGACUACACCGACUCUAGCCUCCUGCAGUCUCGUAUGGACUCUGAGGAGGGGCCACUGMACAGGGAUGACCUUCCACACCACUGUGAYAUCUGCAGCAAGACGUUCAACAACCAGUACAGUGUGAAGAUGCACUACCGCAACGUGCACCUGAAGGAGAUGCACAUGUGCACGGUGGCUYGCUGCAAUGCUGCCUUCCCCUCCCGCAGGAGCAGAGACAGGCACAGCUCCAACCUCAACCUCCACCACAAGCUGUUGACCAAAGACCUGUACAGCCCAUCACCGCGCCUCCCUCUACUCCCCAGCCUCCCUCUGCAGGGACAAAGACCCUGUCAGCCUGGACUACCGCCAGGACCUGAGAGACCUCCAGAGGGAUAGAGAGCUCCAGAGAGACCCAGGCAGCCAGACGUCCGUCAUCUUCAGAGGACACAACCGCAUGGGCCUGGUCUUCCCCAUGAGCAAGAUGGCCAACCAAAGGACAGGGGAGAAUGCAGGAGAGGAGCUGGAGGAGGAGGAGGGGUGGAGGAGGGGGCGGUAC